AUGCACAUCCUCCCUCUGAAUGCCACUCACUCCUCUCCUAACUGUUCUCCCACUCUCCUUGAUUUAAUAUUUGUCUCCUCCCCUGACCAUGUUGAAAAGCAUGGUCAGUGCACAGCCGUAGAGUUUUCUUACCAUGAUCUCAUAUUUUUUUCCUAUAAAGUCCGGCCGCCUAAAGCUAAGCCAAGAAUUCUUCUGCAGCGCAAUUUUGGUGGUAUUGAUUUGGAUCUUUUACGUAAAAAUGCCGCUGAAAUAGACUGGUCUGACGUAUUUAUUGCGUCAGGGGUGGAUGAUAAACUACAUAUUUUUAAUUCUCAGCUGAUCCAGUUAUUCGACAAACAUGCUCCUAUUCGACCAGUACGCAUGAAACAUCUCCCUGCCCCUUGGCUAACAACUGAAAUCAGAAUACUACAGCAGUUGAAGAACAGUGCUAGAACUCGGUAUAAAUUAGAUCCAAGCCCGUCCAAUAGGGAGAAAUAUAAAAAAUAUCGAAAUCGCUGCAACAAGGCGUGUAGGGAUGCGCAACGACGCCACAUCCACAAAUCUGUGUUGGAGGAAUCUGACCCUGCGAAAGUCUGGAGAUUCCUCAAGUCACUCGGAGUUGGCAAAAUCAAACAACAAAUUGCUUAA